GAGUGCAUAAGCCAAUUCACAUUUGAAGCGUACGUAAAAAAAAGCCAUUUUAGAGAUCAAAAAAGGAACCAAACAACAAAAAAAAGAGCGCUUUUGGAGAGAUUGAGAGGCAUGGAAGGAGGAGAAAGGGAGGAGAAGAGGAGGGUGGUGGUGAUCGGCGGCGGCGUCGCCGGAGCUCUCCUCGCGAAAAACGUACAAUUCAACUCUGAUUUGGUCCUUAUUGACCCGAAGGAAUACUUUGAGAUCCCAUGGGCCGACCUACGAGCAAUGGUGGAGCCGCCGUUUGCAGAGAAAAUACUGAUCAAGCACACCGACUACCUCACCAAUGCAGCAAUCGUCACAUCACGUGCGAUCGGUGUAACAGAAACGGAGGUUUUGACCGAUGGGGGCCGUUCGGUCCCAUACGACUUCCUCGUCAUAGCUACCGGUCACGCUGAUCCUGUUGCAAGAAGCAGGAACGACAGGAUCGAGCAGUUCCGAGAAGAGAACGAAAAGAUAAAGUCGUCGAGCUCUAUCCUAAUUAUCGGAGGCGGUCCCACCGGCGUCGAACUCGCUGGCGAGAUUGCAACUGACUACCCAGGAAAGAAGGUGACUCUGGUUCAUAAGGGAUCAAGAUUGCUCGAAUAUAUAGGACCGAAAGCUUCUGUAAAAGCGCUGAAAUGGUUAAAAGAGAAGAAUGUCGAAGUGCUUUUUCAGCAAACAGUAGAUCUAGAGUCGAUAUCUGACGGUCAGAAGGAGUUCAAAACAUCGGCAGGAAAAUCAGUUACAGCUGAUUGCCAUUUCGUUUGUAUUGGUCGGCCGUUGGCUUCAUCAUGGCUCAAAGAAACCAUCUUAGGCAAAAGCUUAGACGAGCAUGGACGAUUGAUGGUUGACGAGAAAUUGAGAGUGAAUGGUCAAAAAAACAUAUUUGCCAUCGGAGAUAUUACUAAUAUCAAGGAACUGAAACAAGGAUAUCUAGCUCAGGCUCAUGCAACAUUGGUUGCUAAGAACUUGAAGCUAAUAAUGAAGGGAGUGAAAGAAACCAACCUAGCCGCUUACAAGGCCGGUUCUGCAAUCGCGAUCGUUUCCUUGGGAAGGAAAAGCGCAGUGGCUCAAUUCCCUUUCGCGACUAUAAGUGGGCGUGUGCCCGGCAUGAUCAAAUCCAAGGACUUGUUUGCGGCAAGGACGAGGAAAACCAUGGGGGUCGACCCUUAAACUUGCGACUCGAGUUGUGUGUAUGACUAUCUUAAGUUGUGUGAAUUGAUAAGAUAGAAUUUGUCGAAGUGAUAUUAAAAGGGUGUUGCAAUGUCUUUGUUUUUGUUUUUGUUGUUGUUCGGUUAGUUUUAUCAUUCUUUUUGGUUGGCUUGGAACAAAUAUGUUUUUUCAUAGAUUCGGCUUGUGUUAUGGGUUGUAAAUAACCCGGUGUUGAUUGAAAUAAAAUUUUGUUUUCUUUUCUUUUCUCA